CCGGACGAGACAACGUGAUGUUCCACUUCGCCAAACAGCGGAAUACAGACAAGCUCCAACCUAUCAUCAUAUUGGUCAUGGGCCCUACUGGAGUGGGGAAAACAUCCUUCAUCAACCUCGUCAGCGGAUCACAACUGCGAGUUUCUAAGGGGUUAGAGUCUACCACGGCAGCCGUAGAGGCUUCCCAAUCGUUUACGUUCCAGGAUCGCUACAGAGUCACUCUGAUUGAUACACCCGGAUUUGACGACACCAAGAGGAGCGAUGCGGAGAUUCUUACAACGGUCGCCCAGCAUCUCUCGUCCUCCUUUAAGAGAGGAGAGGUAUUGACCGGGGUGGCCUAUCUCCAUCGCAUCUCCGAUAACAGGAUGGGAGGCAUAGCAUUGCGCAACUUCAAGAUGUUUACAGAGUUGUGCGGCAAAGAAGCACUGUCCAAUGCCGCCAUUGUGCUGAACAUGUGGAACGAAGUCGAGGAAGACGUUGCGAUAGCGAGAGAGCAGGAACUGCGCACCAAUUUCUUCAGACCCGCUAUCGAUGCUGGUGCUCAGCUCUUCCGGAACGAUAACACACGUUCCUCCACAGAUGCAAUACUGUCGUAUCUCAGCAGCAGGUCUCCGGCACCACUUGCAAUCCAGAGAGAGUUGUUAGAGCAGCACAAAGCUCUGCGUGAUACCGCUGCCGGGAUGGCCUUGUUGGGAACCCUGGAGAAGAAGAAGCGCGAGAAUGAGCAGCGAUUACAGGAGAUGAUGGGGGAGAUCGACGAGGCUAUCAAGCGGAAGGACAGCGAAGAUCAGAGAGAGCUCAAAGGAGCGUACGACAAGCUACAAGAGCUUAAAAUGAAGCUCGAACAGGAACGGCAGCAGAUUCAAGCUGACGACGGGACCACUGGCGCGACAGUUCAGCGACAUCGUCUGACCGCAAUCAUGUCGGGCUGUAGACGACUAUUACGCAGACCUGGUCGUUCAAGUAACCAUCUAAGGGCUGCUCAUAAGUAA